UGGAGCGACAGGUCUCGGACCCUCAGGCGGAGCGGCGGGCGCCGGACCCCCAGAUGGAGCGACAGGUCUCGGGCCCUCAGGCGGAGCGGCGGGCGCCGGACCCCCAGAUGGAGCGACAGGUCUCGGGCCCUCAGGCGGAGCGGCGGGCGCCGGACCCCCAGAUGGAGCGACAGGUCUCGGGCCCUCAGGCGGAGCGGCGGGCGCCGGACCCCCAGAUGGAGCGACAGGCCUCGGGCCCUCAGGCGGAGCAACAGGUCUCGGGCCCCCAGAUGAAGCGGCGGGCACCGAGUCACCAGGCACGACAGUGGGCACCGAGUCAUCUGGCAAGACUGCGGGCACCGAGCCAACUGGCGGAACAGCAGGCUUCGAGUCGUCUGGCAAGACUGCGGGCACCGUGUCGUCUGGCAAGACAGUGGGCUCCGAGUCAACAGGCACGACAGUGGGCACCGGGUCAUCAGGUAUCGGAUUGUCUGGCUCGACAGCGGGCAUCGGGUCACCAGGCAUCAGGUCAUUUGGCUUGCCAGCGGGCACCGCGUCAUCUGGCAAGGCAGUGGGCACCGGGUCACCAGGUA